GGAGCGAGGCGAUGAGCCGCCCGCCGGCGGCCGCCCGCGAGUGACGGCGGCGGGGCAAGGAGCGGCGGAACGAACAACAACAGGAGGGCAGCGAACGCCGCCAGUGCCCGCGGGAGCCCGGGAGAGCCCCGGUCGAGGGCUCGGCCAUGCCCUUCGCCAAGCGGACCGUGGAGCCGCAGCGGCUGUGCCGGCGGCAGCCCGCCGCCUCCGUGCUGGAGGAGGGCUGGGGAGUGGAGCCGCCGCCGCUGCGGGACGCGCCGCCGGAGGAGCCGGGGACGGCGGGCGAGGGUGCGGAGGCAGCCGGCAGCGGGGAGAGGGAAUCGGCGGCGGUGCUGAUGGUGCUGGACCUCUGCUCGGUCAGCAACGUGGCCUUGUCACGGAUCCUCCGGCAGCUUUCCGACGUGGCCCGGCACGCCUGCACCCUCUUCCAGGAGGUCGAGGCUGACAUCCAGGGCACCCAUCGCCGCGUCCGGGCGCUCCACGGCCGCAUCGCCGGGCUGCAGGGAGCUGUGCGCGGCCUCGACCCCAAGCAGGAGGCAGUGCCUGUCUCCAACCUGGACGCAGAGAGCAAACUGAGCGUCUACUACCAAGCACCUUGGCAUCAGCAGAGAAACAUCUUCCUGCCCUCCACCAGGCCCCCGUGCGUGGAGGAGCUGCACCGCCAAGCCAAGCAGCACCUGCGAGCCUUGCGCAGAGAGCAUCGAAGCCGAGGAGACAGAGAAGCCAAAGUGCACGGCCCCAUCGCUGUGGUGGCUCCUCCCUUCCCUCCCUUCCCUGCAGCCUGCCCUCAGAAGAGGCAGGUGGUCAAGGACCGGCACUUGCUACCGUUUAACAGCUCCCGCUCGCCCUCCCCCAUUGAGUGUUGCCACAUCACCCCCUGGAGUAGAAAGUCCCAUCCAGCCGAGGAGGACGACACAGAUGUCAUGUUAGGGCAGAGGCCGAAAAAUCCAAUACACAACAUCCCUUCCACGCUGGAUAAGCAAACCAACUGGAGCAAAGCACUACCUCUGCCAACUCCAGAGGAGAAAAUGAAACAGGAUGCCCAAGUGAUCUCUUCUUGCAUUAUCCCCAUCAAUGUCACUGGAGUUGGUUUUGACAGAGAGGCUAGCAUACGCUGCUCUCUUGUUCACUCCCAAUCUGUCCUACAACGGAGACGAAAGUUGAGGAGGAGGAAAACCAUCUCUGGCAUCCCCAGAAGAGUGCAACAAGAAAUAGAUUCAGACGAGUCGCCCGUGGCGAGGGAGCGCAACGUGAUCGUGCACACCAACCCGGACUUCCCCGGCUGCGGCGGCAGGCGCUCGGGCACCCGCGACUCCGAGUGCCAGACGGAGGAGAUCCUGAUAGCCGCUCCCUCCCGGCGGCGGAUCCGGGCCCAGAGAGGGCAGAGCGUCGUCGCCUCUCUCUCCCACUCCACCGGCAACAUCUUGGUGCUGGCGGACAACGGCGAUGCCAUCUUCGCCGCCACCGUCAGCAGCCGCAUCCGUUCGCGCAGCCUGCCUCGCGAGGGCGCCCGGGCCAGCGAGGGCCACCAGGAUGGCACCGCCAAGAGCACGGGGUACGAAGCGGAGCGCUUCCUAGCUGGCCAGGAAAGGAUCCAAGCAAAGGGCAAGGAGGUCUUGAGCAAGCAGGGCUCCCAGGAGCACCAGCCCGUGGGUUUAACUUGCCCUCAGCACCUGCACAGCCCCGAGCAUGGCAUCGGCGAGCGGGGCAGGUCGCGGCUGUCGCGGCUGGCAGAUUCGGGCAGCUGCGAGAUUUCGUCCAACUCGGACACCUUCGGCAGCCCCAUCCACUCCAUCUCCACAGCAGGCGUCCUGCUCAGCAGCCACAUGGACCAGAAAGAUGACCACCAGUCCUCCAGCGGCAACUGGAGCGGGAGCAGCUCCACGUGUCCCUCCCAGACGUCUGAAACCCUCCCUCCUGCAGCCUCCCCUCCGCUGACAGGCUCUUCGCACUGUGACUCGGAGCUGUCGCUCAACACCGCUCCCAACGCCAACGAGGACUCCAGCGCCUCCAUCACGGAGCAGUUCGGUGACUCUGCAGACAAGGUCAGGGGCCACAGGGCGAGCUCCUUCACCUCCACCGUGGCAGAUUUGCUGGACGACCCCAACAACAGCAACACGAGCGACAGCGAGUGGAACUACCUGCACCACCACCAUGACGCCUCCUGUCGCCAGGACUUCAGCCCCGAGCGCCCGAAGGCGGACAGCCUGGGCUGCCCCAGCUUCGCCAGCAUGGCCACCUACGACAGCUUCCUGGAAAAGACCCCCUCUGACAAGGCAGACACCAGCUCUCACUUCUCCGUGGAUACCGAAGGGUACUAUACCUCCAUGCACUUUGACUGUGGCCUGAAGGGUACCAAGAGCUAUAUUUGCAGCUAUGCAGCUCCAGGCUCAGAGAACGGCCAGGCCGGGAGCGUGACCUCCAGCCUGGCUGACUGUGCCUGGCAGGAGUGUGCCAGCCACAGGAGGCAGGGGCGGCAGAGCAUCUCGCUGAAGAAACCAAAGGCAAAGCCAGCCCCACCAAAACGCAGCUCGUCCUUGAGGAAGUCGGAGAGCAGCACUGACCUCCCUGACAAGAGAGAACCAAAGAUGGGCGGGGGCCAGCACGUCUCGCACACUGCCAGGGAGAUGAAGCUGCCCCUUGAGUUUUCCAACACGCCUUCCCGAGUGGAAGGUCCCAGCCUGCCAGCCAAGCAGGAGCUCCCGUGGGCAAACCAGGGCGAGAGUGGGCUAAAGGACCCUCCGUUCGAGACUGCAGACAUCCCCCCCUUUAAAGAUGAAGGUGCUGAACAGCCUCACUAUGCAGACCUCUGGCUUCUGAACGACUUGAAAUCCAGUGAUCCUUACAGGUCCCUGUCCAAUUCGAGCACCGCUACGGGUACCACAGUCAUAGAGUGCAUCAAGUCGCCAGAGAGCUCCGAGUCCCAGACGUCCCAGUCCGGAUCGCGAGCCACCACCCCCUCCCUCCCCUCCGUCGAUAACGAGUUUAAACUGGCCUCCCCUGAGAAGCUGGCAGGGUUGGCCUCCCCCUCCAGCGGGUACUCCAGCCAGUCAGAGACGCCCACCUCUUCUUUCCCGACUGCUUUCUUUUCGGGACCCCUGUCCCCUGGGGGGAGCAAGAGGAAGCCAAAAGUCCCGGAGAGGAAGUCAUCGCUGCAGCAGCCGCUCUCGAAAGAUGGCACCGCCUCAGUCAGCAAAGACCUCGAGCUUCCAAUUAUACCUCCUACUCACCUCGACCUAAGUGCUCUUCACAACGUCUUGAGCAAGCCCUUCACUCACAGGCACCAGCUGCAUGCCUUCAGCCACAGCAAGCAGAGCGCAGUCGGGGAAGCCCUGACCCCCAGCCCUCCCUCCGCCCUCGCCAUCACACCCUCUGUCCUCAAGUCUGUCCACCUCCGGGCAGUCAGCAAGCCUGAAGGGGGCAAACAGAAGGGCAGUGCCCCAGACCUGCUCUGCGUACAGGAGCCUGCCCUGUUGGCCACUGAUGUUUCUCCAGGCAGAGUGAGGCCGCUGCUAGCUAAGAAACCGGUGUCGCACCAGUACUCCACAGAGGAGGCAAUCAUGUCGUUCAUUGAUGCUUCCCCAGCAGAAGCCGGCCCUGGAAAGCCUCCUUUAGAGAAGAGCUCCUCCUUCGGUGGGCAGAACAGCUGCGAGCAAGAAGCUGUGGCUUCGGCAAGCCUGAGCCUGGUGGAAAUCAAAGCCAGGGAGGACCAAACGCAGGCGGUCACCGAGCCCUCACCAGAUGGCACUCCCAAUCAGACAUGCACUGCCCCCACGGACGAGUUUCAGAAGGGCUCAGCUGUCCUCGCAGGUGAUGAUGAGGAUAAGAGACCUGGCCAGGGAGCAGAAACAGAGCGUGACCUGCAGCAGACAUGGGCUCAGCAGAAGCUGUCUGCGGGUGGCGAGGGGAGGCUGGAAGCUGGGCCCCUGGGUGAUGGAAGCCCAGCUCCGGCUGAGGAGAUCACGGCCAUCAGCGAGCAGCUUAAGCAGGCACCCGAAGCAAGCCACCACGGGCCUGGGAACGUGGGCUGCGAAGCCGAGGUGGCAGCGGUGAGCUCACCCGGCGAAGCCAGUGGCAAGCAGGAAAACGAUCUCACAUCAGGAAUCCCAACCAGAAGUGCCUCUGAUGACGGCAGGGCGGAUGAGACUGCGGGGGGCACCAGCGAGCCUGCGCUGAAAGAAUCUUCUCCCAGCGACGAGUCCCUCCUGUCUCCGCUGAGCGAGGAGUCGCAGGCCGACACCGAGGACCUCUUCGUGUCCCCGAACAAGCCGCGCACCACCGAGGACCUCUUUGCAGUCAUUCACAGGUCCAAAAGGAAAGUUCUCGGGAGAAAGGAUUCUGGAGAGCUUUCUGUAAGGAACAGGUUGAGAGCCUCAUCCGCAACUAGCAGCCAGCCCCCGGCCAGCAGCACGCUGCCCGCCAGCACCGUGCCCCCGGCCAGCAGUGUGGGCACUGCCAUUAGCAGUCAGAGGUCCCCUGGGCUCAUCUACAGGAACGCCAAGAAGUCCAACACGUCCAACGAGGAGUUCAAACUGCUGCUCCUGAAGAAGGGCAGCCGGUCCGACUCCAGCUACAGGAUGUCUGCCACCGAAAUCCUCAAGAGCCCUAUUCUGCCCAAGUCUCCUGGCGAGCUGGCGGCAGAUACCCCCCAGAGCCUGGAGGAGCCUCCUCCCUCGGCGGCGAGCCCUGACGCGGCCUCCCCGCUCUCCCCUUGCUCCCCCAGAGUCAACGCAGAAGGAUUCUCCUCCAAGAGCUUCCCCAUGUCGGCCUCCUCGCGGGUGGGGCGGUCGCGGGCGCCGCCGGCCGCCAGCAGCAGCCGCUACAGCGUGCGCUGCAGGCUCUACAACACCCCCAUGCAGGCCAUCUCGGAGGGGGAGACGGAGAACUCGGACGGCAGCCCCCACGACGACCGAUCCUCGCAGAGCUCCACGUAGGCAGCGCGGGCACCGACCAGCACCAGCUGGGCUUUGGAAGGACGAGGUGUGAAUAGAAGAGGCCGGUGCUGUGCUGUGCUGUGGUGCUCAAAAGGAGAGGGAAACGGGAGAGAGAGGGAAAAAAGGUCCUACACUUUGGCCACAGCAACCCCAAGCAGCGCUACAGGCUGGGGCCAGAGUGCUGAGAGCAGCCAGGCAGGGAGGGAGCUGGGGGUGGUGGGACAGAGGAGCUGCAGAGGAGGCAGCAGAGUGCCCAGGUGGGCAGCAGAGCCAAUGGCAUCCUGGGCUGGCUCAGGAGCAGUGUGGGCAGCAGGACAAGGGAGGUUCUUGU